AUGAUGUCGUUUCCCUUAGAGAUCUUCUAUAGAAUCUUUCAGAUCCUUGAUUCAUGGGGCAUGUUGCACCCUAAGUUUAUGAGAGUUUGCAAAUGCUUUUACUUGAUGAUCUUGCCAAUACUUUAUCAAACACCGCAUUUAAGAGCUACAAACUUUUUCAAUUUUGUGGAGACAUUGUCAAAUAACAAAUCACUUGGAAAUUUUAUACAAACGCUCGAUUUGGCUUAUGUGAUCCAGUCUGGGAAAAAUGCGUUUGUUGCUCGGUUAUUGAAACAGUCAAGAAAGAAUUUGGAAACCUUUGUUGCGCCACAAACCAGUUUUGGUUUAGCACCUUUGAUAGCUUUAAAAAACUGUCAAAACUUGAAGGUUUUGGAUUUGAGGUUAGUCUCAGAGACUGUGAACUUGGCACAGCUUUUCCAUUCGAUUGAGAAUUUGUCCCACUUGACCCAUUUGUCUUUCCCUAGGUCGUCUAUAGAGAUUAGUGACUACGAAAACAUUUCAUGGCCACCGCAUCUUACAUUCUUGCGACUAUCGGGUGGAAUCAGCGACGACUUUUUAUACCAUUCAAAAUUUCCUACACUGAUAACCAACAUGGAACUUGCACAUUGCCCUGCCAUAUCAGAUUUAGGUUUGAAGCAAGUGCUUUAUCGAAUUGGUCCGCAAUUAAUAACUUUAAAGGUACAAUACCCAAUGCCGGCAUUGAAACAGAAUACGCUUGAUGAGGUGUUUUUCUUUUGUCCAAACCUUCGCGUGCUUGAAAUUAGUGUUGAUUAUGUUUCUUCACUGUUUUUCGAUGAACAAUACUUGGGAUAUUUGGAUUUUCUAAGACCAUUGAGAACAUUGUACAUUAACAGCAGCGGGAUGCUAGGUACUCUGACAAGACUUGAUCCCAUGGACUUGGCGGUGGCUCUUGAUGAUGGUAGAUUGCCUUUGUUGAAGAAUAUUCAGUGUACGGCUAAGCUUGGAUGGGACCCGAAGUCUGAUGCUGUCGAAUUCAUUGUGAAUAAAUUAGAUGAGAGAAAAGGCGGGUUGUAUAUAGGAUACUAA